GAGAGAGAGAGAGAGAGAGAGAGAGAGAGAGAGAGAGAGAGAGAGAGAGAGAGAGAGAGAUGAGUUUGAUGAAUCUUCAUGAGAAGGGUUUGUGUUUUGAUUCCCCAAGCUUCAUUGAAUGGCUUAAAGCUCCAUCUUCUACUUCUUCUUCUCCUUCUGUGUUAUUUUGUAUGAAGACAAAAGAUGUUAUAUCAAGAUCUAAUCACCAGAGUCAGAUGAACAUGUUGGAACGAUCUCUAUUCUUAUGCCAACCACAAGAACCACUCAACACAAACACUACGUCUAUUCAAUGCUUGCCUCUUCUAAACAAGCUCAUGGAGAAGAGAAGUCAAGCAUGGGAUGAUAUCAAAGAAGAGAAGGAUGAUGAUGUGGUUACCCUCCAAAUCGGUUUGCCUAACUAUCAGCUUGAUAACUCGACGGAGGAUGACUCUGAUACAACUUCCGAUCAUCAGAAGAAACCUAUCAAGAGAGAGAUAAUAGAAGAUGGCGUGAUGAUGAUGAAGAAGAGGAGGAAGAUGAAGUUUGAUGAGGAGAUGAUUAAUUCUGAUAUGGAAGUCUGUGGGAAGAGGUUUUGGAUACCGAGUCAGGCUCAGAUUCAUGUCGGUCCAAUGCAGUUUUCUUGCUCUAUUUGCAGCAAAACCUUCAAUAGGUACAAUAACAUGCAGAUGCAUAUGUGGGGACAUGGAUCAGAGUUCAGAAAAGGAGCUGACUCGUUGAAAGGGACAACCCAACCUGCGGCUAUCCUGCGUCUGCCAUGCUAUUGCUGCGCGGAUGGUUGCAAGAACAACAUCAACCAUCCGCGGGCCAAGCCCUUGAAGGAUUUUCGCACGCUUCAGACACAUUACAAACGUAAGCAUGGCUCCAAGCCUUUCUCUUGCGGGAAAUGUGGCAAAGCGUUGGCUGUGAAAGGCGAUUGGAGAACGCACGAGAAGAACUGUGGGAAGCUUUGGUAUUGUGCAUGUGGAUCAGAUUUCAAGCACAAGAGGUCUCUCAAGGACCAUAUCAGGUCAUUUGGCAACGGCCAUUCUCCUCACCCGUCUCUUUCUUCGUUUGAUGGGUUUGAGGAGGAUACUGAAUGUGUCACCACGGAAUGAGAGAGCGAUGUUAGAUGCACACCUGAGUGAUCAUCUUGGGAAUCAUCAAUCUAUCGGUAAGAUCCGAAUUUUAUAAUGUUGCUUCAAAACUAUAUAAGCACCACCACAAAACAUCUCAAGUCUACCAAAGAAUUUCUAUCUUGGAAAAGGGGAAAUUCUUUGUUAGACUCGAUAUCUCAAAAUACAGAAAUUCACCAAAAUAAAAUGAAGCAACAUUUUAAAAUUUAGAUCUUUUUAUUGCGAUAUGGUUACGAUUCAAUCUACAUGAUGAACCCCGCGGUGUCUGUCUAGCUUUCUUAUUAGUUUUAUUUUAUUUUGAGUAUUGGUGUGUUACGUAUUAUAUAUGCAUAGGGGUCUUGGUUUGGUAGGGGAUUUUUGCGGCUACGUAACCUUAAGAAAUGGGAGGGCUGAAUUAUGCUCACUAACAAAAAUUUCUCUUUCGACGAGGGAUGUAUUUGUUGGGGAGCAUUUUGUGUGGCUCGCGUGUAAACCCCUAGUUAUCUUAAAUGAUUAGUAAUAAGUUUGGUUUCAGCUUUAACUAGGUUCUCCUUCUUAAAUAAGGGUAAUUAUCUCUUAGAAUUUUGUGAAGCACGUGAAUUUUCUGUUUCUCUCAUGUAUUUGUAUUAGAAGAGAAAAUUGGUGUGCUUCACUUCACUAUUGUACGAUAAUCCUCAACAGAGAGAGACUCUUCCUCUACUAGUGUAUCUCUUUUCAUUACGUAUGUAACGUAUCAUGUGCUUUCGAUCUUAAUUAUUGUUGUUAUUACGAA